AUGGGCUACAAUAUAGCAAUGGUAACGGAUUUCUUUUACCCGCAACCUGGCGGAGUCGAGUUCCACGUCUACCACCUCCUGCAAAAGCUAAUUGACCGGGGCCACUCCAUCAUCAUCAUCACCCACCAAUACGGCCACCGCAGCGGCAUCAGGUACCUCACCAACGGCUUGAAAGUCUACUAUCUCCCCAUCGAGACCGUGUAUAGGUCAGCCUCAUUGCCAGGCAUAUUCAUCUCUUUCCCCGUGCUCCGCAACGUCUUCAUUCGAGAGCAGAUUGAAAUAGUGCACGGCCACGCGACAUGGAGCGCACUAGCUCACGAGGCAUUCGUGCAUGCGCGCACCAUGGGGCUUAGAACGGUGUUCACGGAGCACUCGCUCUUUGGCUUUGCGGACUUGGGCUCGAUCUGGGGCAACAAGAUCUUGAAGUUUACGCUCGUGGACGCGGGACAUGUGAUUUGCGUCAGCCAUACGUGCCGCGAGAACACGGUGUUGCGGUCUGGGGUGGAGCUGGCGAAAGUUUCUGUUAUCCCGAAUGCUGUUGUCUCGCGCGACUUCAAGCCGCGGAAAGGCGAUGAGAAUGCAAGCGGUACGAAAAAGGAGGAGAGGGAAGAGCAAGACGGCGGCGGAGGUGAUGAUGAUGUGGUGACUAUUGUCGUUAUAACGCGGCUUUUCCCUAAUAAAGGCGCCGAUUUGUUGAAUGCUAUUAUUCCCAAGAUAUGCAUGGCCGACUCGCGGGUGAGAUUCGUUAUUGCUGGCGACGGACCCAAGUUUUUGGAUUUGGAGCAAACGAGGGAAAAGUAUUUCUUACAGGAACGAGUAGAGUUGUUGGGCGCGGUGCGACAUGAAGAAGUGCGCGAUGUCAUGGUUCUUGGUGACAUAUAUCUACAUCCUUCCUUGACGGAAGCGUUUGGCACGGUGCUUGUUGAAGCGGUCUCGUGUGGAUUGUAUGUAGUCACUACAAAAGUUGGAGGUAUACCCGAGGUGUUACCAGGCAACAUGACGAGUUUUGCUGAGCCUGAAGAAACAUCACUAGUGGAAACCACGCUUGAAGUUAUCCAAAAGAUCAGAUCGGGCGAGAUUGACACGACACAUUUCCAUGACUCUGUGGGCAAAAUGUACAGUUGGGGGGAUAUUGCACGGCGAACAGAAGUGGUGUACGACUCGUUGGAUCUAGAUGAGGUGAACGAGUCGCUUGUGGAUCGACUUGGUAAGUAUUAUCGACUUGGCGCGUUUGCGGGCAAGCUUUUUGUUCUUGUUGUCAUUGUGGACAUUUUCGUCUAUACGUUUUUGGAAUGGUUUUAUCCUCGAGCAAACAUUGACUUGGUGACGAAAUGGCCCAGGAAACAGCGACGUCAAUCUGUCUCAUGUAA